AUGCGCUUGGUUACAGGAAUCGGCGGGGCGCCGACCCACAACAUUCUGAAGUGCUCAAAAUCGGACUUGGAGCGCGUGCUGGCCGUGAACGCGGUGGGGCCCUUCCUGGGGACGAAGCACGCGGCGCGCGUGAUGAUCCCGGCGCGGCGCGGGGUCAUCAUCGCGACGUCGAGCCUCGCGGGCGUGGUGAGCGGCGCGGCGUCGCACGCCUACACGUGCGCGAAGAGCGCGGUGGCCGCGCUGACGCGGAACGCGGCGGCCGAGCUGGGGCGCCACGGCGUGCGCGUGAACUGCGUCUCACCCGCCGCGCUCGCCACGCCGCUCGCCGAGCGCUACGUCGGCCUCCGGGGCGCGGACUUCGAGGCCGCCAUGGAGUCCGCCGCCGUCCUGAAGGGCGUGCGCCUGCGGCCGGACGACGUCGCCAACGCGGUGCUCUUCCUGGCCAGCGACGACGCCCGCUUCGUCAGCGGCCUUAAUCUCGUCAUCGACGGCGCCUUCUCUGUCGUCAACCCCUCCUUCGACCUCUUCAAGGACGAAAAUCCAGCUUAAUUUAAUUAAUUAUCAGACUGUUACCAGCUUGCUGGUACCGAUUGAACUUUGUUUUAAC